AUGGCAGAAGGAGCUGAUUGCAAAAUUCGUGGUGCCUUUCAGAGCUAUACCCAUCAGCCUUCGAAGAAGAUGACAGUAGAGGAGCAAAUCAAAUAUCUAUUCAAGAGUCAGAAACGCUUAAUAGAGAGUAUUAUGAAAAUACAGCCAGAUACAAAUUUGCUUCCGGCAACAGUGAACCUCACCUACUCAGAUCAAGUAUCGAAACGGAAAGGGAAAGAUAUUGGGUUCGUCGAAUCGUUGUCAAGUACCAGUGAACAUGAAGGCAGUAAAGAUAAGGAUGAAGAACAUGAAGACGUUACGUUGGGUAAAAAAUGUGACGGAUGUCCUAACAGUAGAACAAUUGGACAAAUGCAGACAUCCUUUGGGAAAUUGCUCAGAGUUGGUUCCCUGGGAGGCGAUGUUUAG